AUGGGAGACGUGCCUGGGCCUUCUACAGCUCCUUAUUUCAUUCAGGGAAGAGCCACUGAAAAUUUUUCUCGUCUGUGUCAGCUGAUAAUGACAAUCUUCAGUGACUUGUUCAGGGACAUUCUAAGUCGCUAUAUCAAGCCUGCUGACCUGAGGUCAGAGCUGGACAAGAACAGAAGUAUACUUGAGAAAAUCAUGAACCACCAGCAAAAAGAACUGGUAUAUCCAUCCUCUGGCCCCGGUGCUUUGACUUCAAAAGACUUGGACAUAUCGGUUAUAUACAUUAUUCUGAGAAACAUAUCCAAAUUAGAAAAACAUAAAGCUGGUUGGGGAAAACAUCCUAAAAAGGAUGAUAAGAGCGUUUCUGCCUACAUAGAGAUGAUCCGAAUUAAGAGAAACUCAGUCAUCGGUCAUCUUAAAACUGGCAAAGUGGAUGACAAAGACUUCCAAUGUCACUGGGAAAAAACCGAAGAAGCCAUCAUAGCAAUUGAAAAAAACUUAACUGGAGGGGAUAUGUAUAAAAGAGGUGUAAAGCAGUUGCUUUCCUGCGAUUUAAACCCAACAAGAUCAAAUUUAUACAUUUGGAAAUGCAAAACAUGUUUGUGGGAGCUGAUCAAGACAAUCUGCAGUGACUUGUUCAGGGACAUUCUAAGUCGCUAUAUCAAGCCUGCUGACCUGAGGUCAGAGCUGGACAAGAACAGAAGUAUACUUGAGAAAUUCAUGAACCCCCAGCAAAAAGAACUGGUAUAUCCAUCCUCUGGCCCCGGUGCUUUGAUUUCCAAAGACUUGGACAUAUCGGUAAUAUACAUUAUUCUGAGAAAAAUAUGCAAAUUAGAAAAACAUAGAGCUGGUUGGGGAAAACAUCCUAAAAAGGAUGAUAAGAGCGUUUCUGCCUACAUAGAGAGGAUCCGAUUUCAGAAAUACUCAAUCAUCCGUCAUUCUAGACUUGUCAAGGUGGAUGACAAAGACUUCCAAUAUCACUGGGAAAAAAUCGGAGAAGUCAUCAUAGCAAUUGAAAAACACUUCACUGGAGGGGAUAUGUAUGAAAGAGGACACCCCCUCCACCUGGAAACCCCCAUCACUGGCCAUCAGGCAUUACCCUUGCCCCGUCUGGGACUAGGAAUGCCUGAUGGCCUUGCCUCACUUAAAAAUUGA